AUGGCAAAUGGUGACGACGAAGACCAAGACGACAAAGAUAAGCGGAACCAUCAUCAGUUUCAUCUACCACAAUCAAACAGACAUCCUCCUCAUCAUCAUCAUCAUAUCCUCGAACUCGAACCUGAACUAGAUCCUGAAAUUGAACCUGAACAGGAACCUGAUCUAGAACCUCAACUAGAACAAGAACCGCAACUAGAAGCUCAACUCGAAGCUGAACUAGAACCUAAACUAGAACCUGAAGUAGAAAAUGAACUAGAACCUCAACUAGAAAUUCAAAACCUCGAAAUUCAAUUAGAAUUUGAACUAAAACCUGAACUAGAUCCUGAACUUGAAACUGAACAAGAACCUGAACUAGAACCUCAACUGGAACAAGAACCUCAACUAGAACCUCAACUCGAAGCUGAAGUAGGACCUAAACUAGAACCUGAAGUAGAAACUGAACUAGAACCUCAACUAGAAAUUCAAUUAGAAUUUGAACUACAACCACAACUAGAAGCUGAACGAGAUCCUCAACUGGAACAACGACUGCAACUAGAAUCUGAAUCUGAACCAGAACAUCAACAAGAACCUCAACUAGAACUUCAACUAAAAGUUGAAUUAGAACCUGAACUAUAA